AUCAGUUUUGUUGUCUUUGUGUAAAGAGUGGAGCGCGAUCUCUCGUUGUCUCUUUUCCCUCUUCCCCGUAUCCUCUUAAAACUCUCCCCCAGGGUUUAUACCCCCCCGAACCUCCCCUUUUACCCUUAAAACCCUUCCCUCCCCCUGAACGCUCGUCGAAGCACGGAUCAGUUCUGACCAAAGACCCCAGCGCUUGACCCGCCAGCACCUCUCCGCAUACACUGCAGCGAUGGACUCCGGUGUGAUUGAAGGAGGGCUCAAUGUCACCCUGACAAUCAGGCUGCUCAUGCAUGGCAAGGAAGUUGGAAGCAUCAUUGGCAAGAAAGGUGAAUCUGUGAAGAAGAUGCGAGAUGAGAGUGGAGCACGGAUCAACAUCUCAGAGGGCAACUGUCCCGAAAGGAUCAUUACUCUGGCUGGGCCCACCAAUGCCAUCUUCAAAGCGUUUUCCAUGAUCAUUGAUAAGAUGGAAGAGGACAUCAGCAGCUCGAUGACCAACAGCACGGCUGCCAGCCGGCCCCCGGUGACCCUGCGCAUUGUCGUCCCCGCCAGCCAGUGUGGCUCGCUCAUUGGCAAGGGUGGCUGCAAGAUCAAGGAGAUCCGGGAGUCGACCGGGGCCCAGGUGCAGGUUGCAGGAGACAUGCUGCCGAACUCCACGGAGCGUGCCAUUACUGUCGCAGGCACUCCUCCGUCCAUCAUCGAAUGCGUCAAGCAGAUCUGCGUGGUGAUGCUUGAGUCCCCCCCAAAAGGUGUCACCAUUCCAUACAGGCCCAAACCCUCAAGCUCACCUGUGAUUUUUGCUGGUGGACAGGCAUAUGCUGUCCAAGGACAGCAUGCGAUCCCGCAGCCUGAUCUCACCAAACUUCACCAGCUGGCCAUGCAGCAGGGCCCCUUUCCACUGACUGCAGGCAGCCAGGGCUUCAACGCCAUGGACGCCUCAGCCCAGACUAGCUCCCAUGAGUUGACCAUUCCAAAUGACCUGAUUGGGUGCAUUAUUGGCCGCCAGGGUGCCAAGAUCAAUGAGAUCAGGCAGAUGUCAGGAGCCCAGAUUAAGAUCGCCAAUCCAGUGGAGGGCUCCACUGACCGACAGGUCACCAUCACCGGUUCUGCUGCCAGCAUUAGCCUGGCUGAGUACCUCAUCAAUGCCAGGUUGUCUUCGGAGGCCACUGGACUGGCGACCAACUGACUGACCCAGCAUCUGCACUAAAGUGGCAGGUCCCCUACACCAGUGACUGCAACUAAUCAGGAUUUUCUUUUCAGUUCUAACCCAACCACAAACACAUGCAUACUGUUUAAGAAUUUUGGUUUUAAACCCCCCCCCCCAUUGAAAUAAGGUUUUAAAGUGUUUUUGUUUUUGCUCUCCCAUCAAAUAAUGGUGGUGGAAUAAUCUCAGUAGUCAUUAAAGUGUAGUUCUGUUGUGGCAGAUUUUCCAAAAAAUUAAAGAAAAAAAGGAACAAAAACUGUUUACUCUGCUUUUUUUUUCCCCCUUAAAACCCCUGUAUUUAUUUACCCACCCUGCCGUGUCUUGGUGGUUGGCGAGAAACCCAACCACAGCGCUAGAUCUUUUUGGCCGUUUGGAAUCGCUGGGGAUCUGUGCGCUCCGCCCUGAGAUCGCAUGAGCUUGGCUCCCCUCUCACCUGUAUUACCGGAUCAACACUAACUGCAAGCAAACACGCUUAAGUGCUUUAUUAAAGUGAAUAUGAACUAUAUUAGUAGAACUGUUUUAGCUGUUCUUUGUCACCAUUAGACUUUGUUUUUAUUUUCUGUAUCAUUCCUCUUUCCCCCCAGUUUAUUUUGGAGGUUGUCUGGGGGGGUGGCUGCCAGGGUACAGGCAUGAGGUCCUUGGCUGGGGCUUGGAAUCUUUUCUAGAGACUUACGAUACUAACACGCGUUGGUCUAUUUGUUUCUGUAGAAAAAAAUAUAUAUAAUUUUUUGUUAGAGUGAAGGGGACUGGAGAUGGAAAGACGGGCUCGUUACAUGGGGUCUGGAAAGGCUGAAAAAUCAUUUGAAUAGGAGGGGAGGAAAAAAAGUAAAAUUGACUGUAGUUUCCUGCUCUUUUCUUUGCUUGAACCAGAUUUUAUUUUUACUAUUGGCAGGAAAGAAACUCCUGUUUUUGUGCACGUUUUCAAAUUAUUGUAGACUUGGGUGCCACAGAAUUCUUGAAAUUACAGAAUUAAAAUGCUCUGAAAAGCUGAAACUGA